AUGUCUCCAGUCUCCCGGGGCUUCGCAGGCUUCCUACGCCAACAGUCUUUCCGAUUGCCAUCGUCAUUGCGCGCCGCCGUCUUUGGAGGCCGCGAGCAGUUCUUCCAGCCAAAUACGAUACGAAACUCACGAAACUUUGGCUCGUCAUUCCUACGCCGAUAUGAAUACCAGUACAAGAGCCAACUCGCUCAGAAACCCAGCGUCUUCGUGAACAACGAUCCAGUCCUGCGACAAGUUGCCCAGACCCGGCAGCCGGUGACAAUCUACCGAGCACCGAAGAACAGAUGGUACUAUCUGAAGGUCUAUGGAACUGCCGCAUUGUGGAUAGGCACGGGCGCAUACUCAAUCAAGUUCCAAGAUGACGUUAAAGACUUGAAAGACCUGGCAUUCUUCAUUCGGCCCACCUACGUUGUAGUUGGGAUCGGCUUCAUCAUCAUCGGCUCCUCAUAUUUAUCGGCACCGUGGACCAAGGAGAGGGUGGUAUUUGCAAACCUGGGAGGGCCAACGAUCAGUGAGAAGACGAACCCAAUGGUGGAAGAAUUGAUGGAAGCGGAGAGAGCGCGGAAGCAAAGUGUGUUCCAAGGCCUGGAGCAUGAGUCCAUUAUCACACGUUCGUGGGAAUAUUCGGCGCGAUGGGUGCAUCAGAAGUGGACAAACUUCUUCCUCUCGUUCAAGUUCGCUGUGCUGCGAUUCGGUAUUGCAAAGGUCGAGGUACAGGGAGAGAAGUGGAAGAUCGACUGCUCCGGAUGGCUGCUCGAAGAUGGCAAAGCUGACGUCUUUUAGCGAUCGAUCGCUUGAUACCAGAAGAGUAGGUGGCCGCCUGCGAGUACGAUGUGAGCUUAUGCUCCUGGCCCUCUCCAACGUCUACCCGCACGAACAAAGGUGCCGAUGAUCAGGUCAGAUGUGAUGUGAUGUACGAUUAAUGUCAAAUAGCACGGAGAUUCUUUGUACAUAAUGCUUGUGUAUAGAUACGUUUCUCUUAUUAUACACACAUUUUGCUUGGACCUACCUGGGCAGUAAUAGCUUUCA